AUGGCUAAUGCGAAGGGGGAGAGGAGAGAGCCUGGCAUCAAACAGGCUGUCACGGCGCAGGGAAUGCUGAAAACGGAUGUGCAUCCUCAACACCGAAAAGCCCAAGACCAGGAGAGCUGUCGAGGUUCAGGCACUCGAGAGUCCGAGAGUGAGCGCGCUGCGAAGAUUGUUCGGAUCUUGAAGCCUGACAAGAUCACGGAUACCGUCAAGGGCUGCGGGAGCUGCCGCCUGCUUCUCGAUCCCGCGUUCGGUGAAGAGGAAGAAGAGACGGCCGAACACACGCCCAGCAAGCGAUCGCCUGAAAUACCAGCAAUCAUCUCACACCCAGACCCAGCCCCCGUCCCCGUCCCCAUCCCCAUCCCCGUCCCAGGCCCAAUUUCAAUCCCAAUACCGCCCAAAUAUAGGUGUUCACCCCUAAAUCCCCCACAUCAACUCAGCUCCGCCCCCGCCCCACGAGUCAACGAUCAUCCUGGUGAUCAGCAUCAGCAUCAGCAUCAGCAUCAGCAUCAGCAACAUCAGCAACAUCAGCAGCAGCAGCAGCAGCAGCAGCAGCAGCAGCAGCAGCAGCAGCAGCAGCAACAAAAUCAACCUUUUAUCCACCUCCACCUCCACCUCCCCCUCCUCCUCGCCCUCCUCACCUUUUCCUCCGACACGCGGCCAAAAUCCAACAUCAUGAAGUGGUUCACCAGAGCCAAGGGGAAGAGCAAGAAAACCAAGGACGCGGGCUCUAUCCCCAUCUCCAUCUCCAACUCGAUCUUAACCUCCACCUCGGUCUUUAUCCCCUACAACAACUACAGCCCCCGCGGUACUCGCUGUUUCCUCACCAAGCUGCCUAUACCUCUCCUCGAGCGCAUCUUCGCCUUCGUCUGCCCGCACGCCCGAGACCAGACGUACGAGAGCUGUGAGGACUCGGCCGUCGAGGAUGCCUGCAUGCUCUGCGACCUGCGCGAUCUGUCGCAUUGUGCCCAAGUCUCGAGGAAAUGGAGGGAAGCCGCCGUCAGAGUUCUAUAUCACAGCAUUCGAAUCGAUGCCGUACACUAUUGCCCCCUCGAGGACGUCCUGGCCGAGAAGCGCAAGCGCAAGUCCUUCAUGCGUCAUAACCAGGAGCCUGAAGACACCGCAGCCGCGAGGCUGAGGUUUCUAGCGAGGACGCUCUACGAUAACAAGGGCGGCUUUGCGCUGAAUGUGCAGUAUUUGAAAACUCCCUACAUGACCAGAGAGACGUGCAAGGCCGACCUCGCGCGCGCCGUGUCAUGCUGCCCCAACCUGCGCUACCUCGACCUCCCCGAAGGAGUCUUUCAGGAUGACCCCUCGUGCACCACCUUGAAGCAUGAGAUCCAAGGACGAUGUCCCGAGCUGAGGAAGAUGACAUACAUUAGGGGUUCCGAGAGGGGACUGGAAGCGCUGGCAAGCGGACACGUGUGGCACCACCUGGAGGUCCUGGAGCUGGGAAAGUUGAACGUCGACCCAGUAGUCCUGCGACAAGCCCUCGGAUCUCUGCCGAAUCUACACGCCCUGAAGGUGACCGACAUGGCUUCGUUCCACGACCAGCUAUUCACACAGAGCGAGUACCUCCCCCCCUUCCCCGCUCUGGCCGAGAUGAUCUUUGAAAAUAUCCCCAACCUCACGGCCGAUGGCAUUGCGGGAUACCUCUUCCGAUCUGAUGCACAAGAGACCCUCAAGACCCUGUCUCUGACAGCCACCGGCGUGCAUCCUCAAACGCUGCACAGUAUCCUCGCCGUGGCACCCAACUUGAAGCAUCUAUCCAUUACGGAGUCCGUUACAACCUCUUUCCCAGCUGCCGACGUGCCAAGCCUCUCCUCCAAAUCUCUCGAGACAUUUCACUACGAAAUCACGGCCGCCACAUCGGCCAAUACCUAUGCCAACACCACCGCAAGUCAUUACGCCUAUCUGACGAGAUCGCUGAUUGCAGGAGGCCUUCCGUCGUUGACGGAGCUGUACGUUCGAGACCCCUACUUUGCAGAGACACUCCUUGAUCUCGCACCUCCCCUACCAGCUUUCGCAGCCGACUUAGAUAACCUGGCUCCUCCGAAGCCAUUCGCCGCCGGUCACAAAGCAAAGAGCUUGAGCCUCAGCUCCAACAACCCAUUCGCCAAGUUGCACCAGGGGCCUGGACUGCGACAAGAACUUCAAGUCUUCAGUAAGGGCUCCGACGAAAUGGAGUGGAACUUCUCCAAAGUGAAACCCCCACCAUGCGGCGGCAAACGCGGAAGUGCCACGGUCCCUCGACCCCUCAGCAGCUACGGUCUGACCGACAGCAUGGGCCGAGGAUGGAACUCUGCCACCGGCGGUGCCCGCCAGAGCGUCAUCGUCGGCAAUGGCUUUGGCGGCUUCCUCGCUGUGCCUGCAGAUGGCGGACGACCGAGCAGCUCUGCAGGUGAAAGAAAUAGAGGCAGCCAGUAUGACAUGUGGCGAUGA